UUCAUUUAAGAAUUUGAUUUUCACGACGCCAUCGCCAUCCAUUCCAUCUAAUUGAUACAAAAGAUCAUUAUUAUUGAAUUUGGAGUUCUGAGAGCAAGUUGACAAGAAAAUCUUUCGUACUGAAGAGCAAGGAAAUCAAAUCCAAAUCUCAAAAACAAUUGGACGGACGUGCACAAGUUUUGGCGUUCCCGAGAUACGCGGAAAAGGUUUCCGUCGCGUUUUCUUGGUUGGUUUCCAUUUUUGGACAACCGUCCAAUUUUCUGCCGAUUUCGACAACUUUUUGAAUGCUUCGCGGGUUAAACAAGAGCGAGAGUUCGCGCUCUGCAAUUGACUGGUGCGUGCUCUUCACUCCGUCCCCCCACUCUCUCCUUCUCCUUCUCUCUCCAUUCCAAAGGGAUCGUCCUGGUGGGUGGGUACUUGGGGUUUCAGGCAGAGGCAAAGCCGGUGGAAUGCGACCAAUUUUUCUGGCUUCGAGACCCCUUUGCCGUGUUCCUUGGGUUUCCGAAUCUGAGAAACCUAAUGUGGACUCUCGCAGCAGAUGAAGGCCUUUGAAGAUCGUCUAAUCGCAGUCUUAAACCUUCUCUCGCACCAGACGAAUGCUUCAUAGCCUGCUCGCCUCCUUGGCAGCCAUUCGGAGGGUCUGAUUGUAGGUUAUUAUAGUUCCCUGUGGUUUCAAUGAAGGUUGUGGCCAAAGAAGAGACAGCGAAGAGACAACUAUUCAAAAGGAUCUAUCAAUUGAAGUUUGCUAUACAUCAUGACAAUACUAAUAUGUUUCAAGUAAAUCUUGGGGGACCUAAAAUUAAACGAGAAAAUAUCAAAUAUGAUGUCAAAUGUUUAAGUUGUUAGAUAAUAAAAGUGGAACAGCAGUCAGUGGCUUGGUGGUUUGCUAAAAGGAUCGUUUAUUUCACUGUGAAAUUGGGAUGAUAAUACCAUGGAUUUUGUGACAGAAUUAUGAGGUAAAAUAAUGCUAUUUGUGUGACUAUUGUGUUCGACUCACCAGGCCUUCUGAUUUUCUACAAAGAGCAAUCAGUCACUCUCUUGAAAUCCUUAUGGAUUUGUAAUUUGUAUGUAAAUGAAAUUGGUAAACUACAUGGUACACAAAAUCCAUUACUACUGAUUAAGAUUCACAAUUUAAUUCUUGACCUGGGGACUACUGCUGAAAGGAUUGAACACUAAAGUUAGAAAGACUAUGACUUUUAAUCCCCAAUUGAAUGGGUAAUUGGAAUGAACGAUUCAAACUCUAAAAGAUAUGUUAUGAGCAUGGCCACUAAAGGAAAAGGUGAUUAGGAUAAACAUAUGAAAUUGACAGAAUGCGCCUAUAAUAAUAGCUCUCAUUCUUGUGUGGAGAUAACACCAAGUGAAGUUCAGUUUGGAAAACCACAUUGAACGCCUUUUUGUGAACUAAAUCUAGAGAUUAUAAGAUCGAGAACACCUUAGUCCUAGAAGACUAUUCUGACUAAGUGACUAAUUGAUCAGUAAAAAAGAAAAGGAACUUGAUUGUAACUCAAAGCAGACAAGAAUUAUAUGCUAAUGACAGAUUCAAAGUUUGAGGUACAAGUUCAUGUAUUUCUGAUGAUUUUACUGCAAAGGGUGCCUUUCGUACACACUUUGUCUAUCAUACUCUCGUACCAUGAUGUUCUAAAAUUGCUGUACGUGGACACACUUGCCCGUACCAAGACCCAUAUCUAUGUGACUUAGAUUAUAAUAUAAGUGUAAAUUGAAUUUUUGACUUACUAUAAAGGGUAGUUCAGGAAUAUGUAUAUAUAUGUGGUGAUAAGCCUGAAUUUCAAUAUAAAAUAUCAAAUUUUAUGGUUAGGUACAAGUUGGAUGAUUGUAGAAUGUAUAUGUAUGUGUGUGCACACAUACAUGCAUGUGUGUGUUUAUAACAAAAAGGGUAUUAUUGGAAAAACCAGAAAAAAAAUGUGCAGCAGAGGGGUCAUGGAUGUAAAUGGGUGAUUUUUGGAAUUCUUGUAUUAGUUAAUGUUGACUAUGUUAUUCCUUUAAAAGGAUACAUAAUAUAUAUAAUUAUGCAUAUAUCUAACGUCUAUGCACAAAAGGGAGAUAUGGGAGGGGAGUUGGGUUUGACCCAAUGGUCCACACCAACUCAGCUCCACUCACCACCUCCCAUGUCUUGUCCAAAAUAAAAACAGCUAGAGAUGGGAGAGGAAGUCUUACUGGCAGAAUGAGGUAGAGGGAGAUCAGAGGCUGUGCAAGAGAAAGAGGGAAGGAGAGAGAGAGAGAGAAGGGAGUGAGGCAGAGAGCAGAAGGAAUACAUGGGAGAAAAAAAAAAAAAAAAGAAAGAGAAGCUGCAACAACUGCAAGUGAAGGGGAAAAAACUCACAGAGGUGGAGGGCAGAGAGAGUAUGUGGGUGGCGGAAAAGAAGAAAGAGAAGCAGCAACAACAACAAGUAAAGAGGAAAAAAUGGAAGAAGCUCACAGCAGCAUCAAUAGGAGCAGAGAAGGAGGAGGAGGACAGCAAAGUAAAAACAAAACUACAUUAAAAAAUAUGCACAAGAAAUAUCCUUAUAUACAAAUCAUACAAAUACUGUUCACUGCAAAAUACAUGAAGUUACGAACUUAUAGAAAUAGUAAUGUAAAACAAGAUAUACAAAUAUAUAAGUGCUCACAUACAUUCUUACAGCAAGUUCUGUUGCUUUUGUUAUUCAUGGGUAAAAUAGAAUGUAUUUCUGAACUUUCUGCUGUUGCUACAUUCUUCCCAGAAAUUCAAGAUGCUAAUCUUGUGUGGUCCAUUGCAUGUCUCAUGGGUGUGGGUACUGGUGCGAUAUGGGAAUGGUGGUGCAGGUAUGGGUACACCAGUUUUAAAAUUAUGGGUACGGGGUACAGCAGAGCAUGAAUAUAAAUAUGUACAUUAUAUAUAUAAUAAUCUGCAAAAGUUCUCAAAUUAAAGAAAGGGGAGAAAAAUAUAAAAUCUAGGUGGAAGGGAAAUAAAAAGAAGCGAACAAUGAAAAUUAAAGCAAAAAUUUGAAAAGAUAAAUUUUUAAGUUUUUAAAAUACAGCCGUACCUGCGUCCCGACACGGGUACUUGGCCAUAACACACGUACCAGGGUGACAUAGGGUCCAUUCCCUGUGGCAAAAGCAACUUGACCAAAAUAUUAAAGUUACAUGUUUUGUGACUAAGUUAAUUCAUUCUUUGCUGUUAUCUACUAAAGCUAUAUCACAAAAUCCAGACACGAAGUUGUCCUUCUAUUGUUUGCAGAUUAGUGGCAUAAAUGGUUGACAUAAGCAAAUGACUAGCUUAAAAACACUCUGAGUAAAUGUCCACGUUGAUCUUUUCCUCUCAAUUUCUGGUUCUCAAUGCAUAGGAAUGGAACUCAUGCACCAUAAUAUUAUGGUGAGUGUAUUGCACAACUGUAUGCCAUCUGGUCAAGUUCCUGAAUGUUGGUGUAGGUUUUUGACGACAGCCUGACUGGCCCCAUGCAAUAUGCAAAAUUGACAAGAAAAAGGGCAUCUCAAGAUAACAUCAUACAUUAUCCCUUGAAGGAAUGCUGCAAUUGUCGUAAACCAAAAUAGUAAGGCAAGGUAGUUCAUAGCAACACAGCAGUCGAUCGAGUAAUCAUAAGGAUUUCCAAGAAGAUUGAAUCCUUCAACUCUUCUUAGAUCUCAUGGAGAAGAAGAAUGAAAGGAACAAUAAUGGUGGGUGCAUCAGCAAAUCAAGAAUGGGGAGGCAGAAGAUAGAGAUAAAGAAGAUAAUCAACGAGGAGGCUCGUCAGGUCUGCUUCUCAAAGCGACGAAAUGGGCUCAUCAAGAAGGCCGGAGAGCUCUGCAUUCUCUGUGGUGUUGAGAUUGCCAUCAUCGUCUUCUCUCCCGCUGGCAAGGCCUUCUCCUACGGCGACCCCUCCGUUGAUGCUGUCAUCAACCGCUUCAUCGACCCUUCCUCCCACGUCCCCACCCCUCCCGACGCCCACUAUGCGUCUACCAUUGAUGAGCUCAACCGCCAGAAUGACGAGCUCGUCCAACAGAUCGAAGUCGAGAAGAAGCGCCGUGUCCUGCUACAAAAGCUGCACCGGAGCGAGGGGUGCGACUUCUGGGACGCCAACAUGGAGAACUUCUCGCUCGAGCAGCUCGAGGAGUUGAAGGGCACCCUGGAGGAGAUGAGGUUGGCUCUGGCCAAGCACGCCAAUGAGCUCACGAUGGGAAUGGCGGCGAUGCAUCUACCAUCCGCCACCAGUCACCACAACCAAUUUCCUCUGCCGUCUCUCCCUCCUCCUCCUUAUGCUUCGGCCAGUUACUCCUCUGCUCCUCUGCCAUCCAGCUCCUUCCUUGGUGGCCACAACGCCAACUCCAUGACCAUCCCGUUCACUUAUAGCAACAACGCUUUCAUGGUGUCCUCCUCCAACUCUCACGGAACCAUGGCAACCUCCGGCGAUUAUUUCCUUAGUAACCAUGCUGCUGGCUGGCCAGUCUACCCGCUUUAAGGAUUUCUCUUACUCCUUAGCCAGACCGGAACAUCUAGUGUCCAUGCUCCCCAUGUUAGAUGCAAUGUAGAGUCUAGUGCACCUUAGACCAUUUUUUAUUGUUCAUAACUGUUGCCUCUCGUUGAUCAAUUGUUUAGAGAUUGUAUUGAAAUUUUCGAUGUAUAUUUAUGGCUCCUUCUGCCACCGAUUUUUCUUGGCCUGAGGAAAAAAUAAAAUAAAACAGAAAUUAAGUUGCAAAAAAA